AUGCCAACAAUUACUUUAGCACCACUUCCAUUAUUAUCAGAUAUGCCAGUUGUACCAAUUGAAUCAGAUUAUGAAAAAAUUGUUGAUUCAUCAGGUGAUGGAGAAAUCGGUAUUGUGAAUGUUGAUCAAAAUUUAGCAAAAUCAAUGGAAUAUGAGAAUCAUACGAAAUUAACAUCAAUACGAUUACAACAACAAUCAUCUGAUGAUGAUACAGAACUUUAUGCUACUGUUGAUAAAAUAAGAACAGUGAAUAAUGGAACAAGAAUAAAAACAAAUGCAACAAGUACUAUUGGUUCUAACCUUAGACAAGACUCAAUACUAACAUCAACAACUGCUCCUUCAUCACAACCAAUACCUUCGGCAAGUUUACAUUCAACCGGAUUUACCAUAACUCCUGAACAUCUAACUUCUCCUCCACUGCCACCACCUCCAUUACCGCCUCUGCCGCUCCAAGUUUAUACAGAUACAAUUGCGAGUACAAUAGCUAAUGAUCAUGACAAUAUAUCUACUCACCGUCCUUAUUAUGAGGAAGUUAUAGUACGUGAAUCUUUACAAGAUCGUGCUCAAUAUUCACCAAUAGAAGAAGAUCAAAAUCAACAAGAACAACAAUUAAAUGAAAAUUAUUAUUCAUCUGUAAAUAGUGAACGAGAAACAACAACUAGCAGUGAUAUAUAUGCUGAAAUAGCUAAUAGUAGUGAAUCGGGUAUAGUAUAUCAAAAUCCGCAAUAUCAUUAUUAUUCUCGACCAUCAAAUGAUAUUGGCAUAGGUGAUGAUACAUCCGAACAUUAUGCAACUGUUAUUGAAUUAAGUAAUACUGAAGAAGACUGUACAGGAAGUUGUUUAUAUCAAGAUGUUGAUUCUUGA